UUGCCUUCUUAUCCCAUCCUCUCUCAACCUUCCCUCUCUUCCCUCCAUCCAACCUCUUACUCUUCUUCCUUCACUCCCAAAACCCCCCAAACACAUAACCAAACAUGGUCAAGGCUGUCGUUGCUGGUGCUGCCGGUGGUAUCGGUCAGCCUCUCUCGCUGCUCCUCAAGCUCAACCCCCUCAUCACUGAGCUCUCGCUCUACGAUGUCGUCAACUCGCCUGGUGUCGCUGUUGACCUCUCGCACAUCAACACCCCCGCCCAGGUCAAGGGCUUCCUCCCCGAGAACAACGGUGCCGAGGAGGCUCUCAAGGGUGCCGACAUUGUUGUCAUCCCCGCCGGUGUCCCCCGCAAGCCUGGUAUGACCCGUGACGACCUCUUCGUCAACGCCGGCAUCUGCGCUACCCUUGCCCAGGCCAUCGCCAACGCUGCCCCCAAGGCCUUCAUCCUCGUCAUCUCGAACCCCGUCAACUCGACCGUCCCCGUCUUUGCCGAGGUCCUCAAGAAGUCGGGUGCUUACGACCCCAAGCGCCUCUUCGGUGUCACCACCCUUGACGUCGUCCGUGCCGCCACCUUCGUCUCGUCGGUCGUUGGCAAGCCCCUCGACGCCCCCAAGUACAACGUCCCCGUUGUCGGCGGCCACUCGGGUGCCACCAUCCUCCCCCUCCUCACCCAGUCGGAGCCCCAGAUCCCCGCUGCCAUCCUCAACGACCAGGCCAAGCGCGACGCCCUCAUCAAGCGCAUCCAGUUCGGCGGUGACGAGGUCGUCGAGGCCAAGAACGGUGGUGGCUCGGCUACCCUCUCGAUGGCCCAGGCCGGCGCCCACUUCGCCAACCUCGUCAUCCAGGCUGCCUUCGCCGGCAAGACCACUGUUGUCCAGUCGUACAUCGACCUCGAGGCCGCCCCCGGUGGCAAGGGCGUCCAGAAGGAGAUCGGCUCCGACCUCGCCUACUUCUCGGUCAACGUUGAGCUCGGCCGUGACGGUGUCCAGAACAUCCUCCCCAUCGGCAACAUUGACGACCAGGAGAAGACCCUCCUCGCCGCUGCCGUCAAGGAGCUCGGCCCCUCGAUCGAGAAGGGCGUCCAGUUCACCCCUGCUCCCCCCAAGCUCUAAAACGCCAGUAGCGCUGGUUGUAUGAUCGCAUUAGAUGGGGUCGCAUGAUGAUAGCGCGAAUAGGUUGUUUUAUUUGGCGAGCAAAAUGGGAGAGAUAGCAGGAGUCUUGAAUGUAAAAGGUUGAAGAGCA